GGGAGGAACCGCAGGGACGUUGCAGACUUUACAUCCGAAACGUUGCAGCGAUUGAUCUUUGAGCAGCUACAGCAACUCCACCUGAAUACCUCCCAGCAGGACAGUCCCGUAAGAGUCAAACGUAACUCCCCAUGGUGCAAUAACACUUUGAGAACUAAUGGCUCAAUCCCCGCUCCUUCGGCACCCUUGGCUCUGGCGGUGAAUCAGUCUCGCCACCCACGCGGAGCAUCUGUUAAGGAAUAUUCAGGUGUUUACGUGACUCCCAACACACAGAGCCAUGCUCACUGGCGGAUUGAACUUAUCUUCUUGGCCAGAGGGGAUGAGGAGAAUAAUAUCUUUACUAAAGAACGUUUGAUGACCAUCCAUAGGAUUGAGAGGAAAAUCAUGGACCACCCCCACUUCCGGGAAUUUUGUUGGAAACCUCAUGAGGUCUUAAAGGACCUUCCAUUGGGAUCUUAUUCUUACUGUUCACCUCCUAGUUCCCUCCUGACCUACUUCUUUCCCACAGAGAAAGGCGGCAAGAUCUACUAUGAUGGUAUGGGCCAGGACCUGGCUGACGUGCACGGAUCUCUGAAGCUGGCCAUGACUCACCCGGAGUUUUACUGGUACGUGGAUGAGAAUCUCACAACAGAAAACCUGAAAAGUUCUCUAUUGAGGAGUGAGAUUUUAUUUGGUGCUCCUCUGCCCAAUUACUAUUCUGUGGAAGACCGGUGGGAAGAGCAGCACAGGAAAUUUCAAAACUUUGUCACCUCCUAUGUUGGCAUUCUGUCCAAAGAGUCCACCAGUAAAGUGCAGGUGCUGUACGGGGGGACCGACCUGUUUGACUACGAAGUUCGGACCACCUUCAACAAUGACAUGCUACUGGCGUUCAUCAGCACGGGCUGUAUCGCUCUCCUCGUUUACAUCCUCACAUCAUUCUCA